AUGCUUGCAGCUAGAAGUCAACUCACAAUGUUGUCACUACAAUUGGUGGUAAUUGUCGUGCUGCAGUGCAGCGUUAUUGUCUUGGGUGGCGUCUGUUUGAUACCACAACCUGUAAUGCGACAGCGUUCGCUAGUCAAUGACUUGUGGAAGUUGCAGCCGCGUCUCGAUGGACGCAUUGUGGGUGGCGAAAGGAUAAACAUCACGGAUGCACCUCAUCAGAUAUCCUUGCAGACAUCGAGUCAUAUUUGUGGAGGUUCGCUGAUAUCUGAGGAAUGGAUUUUGACGGCGGCACACUGCACUUAUGGUCAAAAAUUCGAUAGACUGCGUGUAAGAUUGGGAAGCUCCGAGUACUCGCGAAGUGGCAAACUGUUGCGCCUCCAAAAGAUUGUGCAACACGAAAAGUUCAACUUUACCAAUGUGGAUUAUGAUUUCUCGCUGCUGCAGUUGCAACAUCCGAUCGAGUUUGAUGAGACUAAAAAGGCCAUCAAGUUGCCAGAGGAGGAGCAAAUGUUUAUGGACGGCGAUCCUUGCUAUGUCACAGGAUGGGGCAAUACACAGAAUCUGCUAGAGUCUCGUGAGUGGUUGCGUCGCGUCCAGGUGCCGUUGGUGAAUCAGGAUGUCUGCAGCGAUAAGUACAAACAAUUCGGCGGCGUUACGGAGCGCAUGAUCUGUGCUGGUUACAUGGAGGGUGGCAAGGAUGCCUGUCAGGGCGAUUCAGGUGGUCCCAUGGUGAAUGACGCGGGUGUUCUAGUGGGCGUGGUGUCGUGGGGCUAUGGCUGCGCCAAGCCUAAUUACCCCGGGGUAUAUUCGAGAGUGGCGCAAGCACGUGACUGGAUUAAAGAACACAGCGGCGUCUAAUUGUGACGAUUGUUCAAAUAAAUGCAUUACACUAUUUUAUGAAAAUAACCAACUACAGA